GUUGCAGCAGCGCAGGCCGCCCCCCAAGCACCUCUGCAAGCUGCCCAGACAGCCAGCGCAGGAGGCCCAGUUGCAGCCAAGGCAGCAGCUCCGAAAUGUUUGCCGGCCCAAGCUUUGUUCAUCAAGCCCCAGUGGUGCCAGCGCAUUUUCGAUGGCGCGAAGCGCUGGGAGCUUCGAAGCCGAAGCACAAGCAAGCGAGGCCGCGUUUGCGUUGCGGAGUCAAAGAAGAACGCCCUCGUCGGAGAAGUCACCGUUGUGGGACUGCUUCCAGGUCGGCCAGCGCGACGCGCGCGGGAAUUGGGUGCCUGCUGGCUCGAACCAAAGAGCGAAAGACGUCUUCUUGUUCCGAGCUGGCAACAUGCAGCAUCACUGUGUGGAAGACCGGCAAGUCCUUAAGGACUACGACCAAGUCUGGGCUUGGGUUUUGUCUGAUGUGGUGAAGUACACAAAGCCGGUUCCCUGGACUCCGCCGCGCGGGGCGGUGAUUUUCGCCAACAUCCCAGAGGCAGCAAGCCCUGAGUUGUUGUGGGAGCCCGAGAAGUACGAUUUUGCUCCAGGCGCCUUGCUUGGCCACAUGCGGCUCCCACCGCGGAGGCGCUCAGAACUUGACACAACCGGCCCAUCCUGCUGGGAGGAAGAAAUUCGCACGGUUCCCCCUGAUGGACUUUGCAUGGUUCACUGCUACCUUGCGGCCUUGGACGCGGGAACUUGGCAGAGAAAAGCCCGGAGCCCGCUCGGAUUUUUGCAGGACGGAGAAGAGGAGCGAGCAGCAGUAGGAGCGGCGCAAAGCUUGCUGCGCCGUAUUGCGCAGCGCGUGCGGGUGAAGGGCUUUGAGGAGCAAGCCGUUUUUCUUGAAGGCGGUGGGCAUCCUGGAGACGAAGAGUUGCAGCAUUACGCAGAAGAGUUCGGGUGCAGCAUUUUGGUCACUCCAACACACGCGGAGGCGUGCCCGGCCUUCACGGGCGCGGGCCUGUUGGACGUGGUUGCCGCAGCCAGCCCCGAGCACGCCGGCUCGACCAGAGAAAGCCUGCCCAACAAGCUCUCCCAGACAGAGGCUGACGCAGAAGCAGGCCCCCACACCGCGAAGGCAGAGGAAGGCCAUGUGGCAAAGUCGCAGCGUCUUCGCUGCAGCCGCAGCUUUGUCACGAAGGCCCAGCGCUCUGCCGAUGUUUCCAAAGCAGCAGAAAACUUGUGGCGCUCAGAGCAUCGGCGCGCAGCGCGUGUGCCACGACAGCAGCUGCCGUGGCCGUGGAGCAGCAGCCCGCAGCAGCCGCAGCAGCCCAGCCCCCCCAAGAAGCGGCCAGCAAGCAGUGUCAUUUUCCAGCACGAGCCGCCUGCCAAGCGGUGGGCGGCGUGGGGAGCUUGGUCGUUUUGCCCAGAUUGCGGGCGGCGACGCCCGGACGGGAAAUUUGUGCUAGACAAGCCCUUGCAGCCAAAGGCGGUCUGCAGAAAAUGUCCAGCAGGCUGCGACUUCGCCCCGGAGAAUUUAAGCGAGGACUUGGCAGCAAAUGAGAGAGGAGAAGGGCAAACGCAGAGGCCGCCCAAGCGACCGUAUGUCACCCCUGACACAUGCCACUGGCCAGAAGAAAUUCUGCAGCUAACUGAAGCAGAGUGCCGCAGCCUCUCCAUUGUCACUCUGAAAGUUCAGCACUCGCAACAGCGAGGAGGCGGCGCGCCCACCCAGAACUGGAAGAAGACUGGAGUUUGCACCGUUCACUGGAAGAAGUCCGACAUCGAGGCCCAGCUGACGCAGAACGCCCGGCUUGCUUUCAACUGGCUGCGGACCCAUAACCCCACUUACGCAGCUUUUCUGCGGCGGCGGCGCUUUCUCCUAGCAACCCCCACGGAGGCACGAGCAGACAACUGGCACGUGCUCCGCACGGCGGAGCUUUUGCUGCGGACCCCUGGGGUGGAGGUGGCUGCGCGCCCUUGGCUCUACCCAACCGCCGCCCACGCGGACACCGACUUGAAGAUGCGCCUUCGGCAGCUGGGCCAGAUAGGAGAGCAGCAAAAGCCCAGCUUAAAAGCUAGUUGGCAGCGCGAGCAGGACAAGUUGCGCGACGUCUGCCGGCAACAGGGGCUCCCCAACUUGUACUUGACAAUUUCUCCCGCGGAGUGGAAAUUUCCUCACCAUGAAGGAGUCCUUGGCUGGCGAAAAGUGUCCAACUCCCUGAGCGGCGGGCAAGCGACCAUGACUUUGCACAUGCGCCACGUCAUCGAGGAGCUGUUGUCCACCAACCUCUUGCAGAAGGGAGGGCCUUUCCAGGAAUCCGGCAGCGGCUUCAAAAACGCCGCCUUCCAAGAGCGUUAUGCUUUGGGCGUUGAGGAAGUAUACGAGUACGAGAUUCGAUGGGAAUUCCAAGGACGGGGGACGCUGCACGCGCACAUUCUGGCUUGGGCCAAGUUUCGAGAUGGUGUGGACUUGCGCUCGCUCACUGGCAGAAGCAAGCAACCAGGGUCCCAGUCAGCCCUGCUCCAGCACUUGGAGUCAACUUUCAACGCAUCUGUGGAUGUCCAAUGCGGCGACGGCCACACAGCCCUUCUUUUGUAUGUGGCCGGCUACGUCACCAAAGCUUCAGACUCCUUAACUUUCAAGCUCAAGGACUACCGGCAAGUGGACGACACCAACUGGCGGCAGACUUACCGCCUCCUCUACAAGAAAGCGCCGCUGCUCCCAGAGAUGACGUUGGAGUUUGCGUGUCUUCCUCUGCUGGAGUGUUCCUUCCGCAGCGACACAAUCUAUGCUCCGGCGCCACGAACGGCAGACACGGCAGGUGCAGUUGAUCAGCCCGCGCCAAACAACAGCCGAGCCCUCUACGAAGCCUACUUGAAGCACCAGCAGAGCCUCCCCAACCUUCUGAGAUCUUCCACAAAAGGCGCAGCGGAGUCCUUCUUGUCCUGGGCUCGCAAGUUCACUGUCGUCAAGACAAGGGCGGCUGACGGCAGCGCCCAGUUCGCAGCCAAGGCUCGCGGCGGGCGCGGGAGAGGCAGCAACAAGCAGCUGUGCAGCCUUGGCGUCCGGUUUCCUUACGAGAUGCUGGGCGCCAAGUACCUGCAAGCCGCCCUGAACCACCCCCGCUACAAGGGCGACGUUUGCAAGCUUGCCGAGGAAAUUGAUGCUGACUUGAAGCUUCGGGGCAAGGGCCUGAACCAGAGAGUUACAGUCAAACGCCGCCUGCAAGCUUUAGCUUUGCUCCUCGACAAUACCGGUGCCCGCGGACUGCAGAUCCCUGCCAGCGCCUGGGAUGCUCGACGAGCGGAGGGCUUCCCAGCCCGCGCCUGGUCCCCCAAGCAAACCGAGAUGCUUGAGGCGGAAGCGCACAGCCGGAUGCUCCUGGUCACAGGCCGGGGAGAGCCGGGCUCCGGCAAAACCGAAGCGGUGAUUGGCUGCGCACUGGAGGCUGCAGGCAAGGGCGAGAGGGUGCUCAUCGCGUGCCCCAUCGGUGCCCUCGUGGACACCUGCCGCCAGAAGCUGCCUCCCAACGACCACAUUGUGAUAGAGACAGUCCACGCGUCUCGAAUCACCCGCAAGGCUGAUGAGGUGCCUCCCGGCCGCCUCCGCCACUUUGACUUGAUCAUUUACGAUGAAAUCAGUCAAAUAGAAGGCGCUGUUUGGGAACAAGUCCGCACUUCCCUGGUUGAGCUAAAUCCACAUCCGUUUGUGUGCUUUGUGGGGGAUUUCCAACAGCUGCAGCCAACCACUGGCGACGUCUCCAUGCAGAGCACGCUGACGGCGAUGUCUGAGGCCGGAACACUGCGGCACAUCCAGCUGCAGCAGCACGAGUUUGCCAGGAGCACCGACCCCCAGCUCCUGGAUUUCUUGCGUGUUGUCAGAGCGCAGCAGCCAAGCCGAGACUCGCUACAAAGUUUUUUCGGGGCGCGCAGACUGGCUCCCAACAACUCCAAACUGCGGCCAGAGUCCGCUGUUGAGGUGGUCAAGGCGUCCAUGGCCUUCGAGGAGCGCACGGAGAAGACGUUUACCUUUCUCACAGUCACCAACAAGGCAGCUCUAAAGCUCAACCACACGCGCUGCCUACUACAGUUUGGAGCUCGCCCAGAAGUUCAGUCCCCAGAGUACCACGCCAUGCCUGGCGACCCCGACUACGGCGGGCGCGUGCUGGUGCUGCCAGGCCUCCGGAUCUGCUUGACCAGGAACAUUGACAAGGACCGCGGGUUUGUCAACGGUGCUUUGGCUGAGGUCGAGCACGUCUUGGCCAAGAACGUCUUUGUGGCAAAGACCCCAAAAGGUGUGCGCUUGUUGGUUCACCCCGUUCGGCAAGAUGGCCACUACUUCAUGCCCUUCACCUAUGGCUACGCCAUGACAAUGCGCAGGGCUCAGGGAUCCACCUUGGAGGGGGUGGGCCUGUGGUUUGACCACAAGUACCCGCCUGAGAGGGGCUACGGGUAUGUGGGCGCAUCCCGUGUCAGGCAAGCGGAGGACUUGUACUUGGUUGGAAAAGUGCGACAGACUGACUGGCUGCCUGUUGGGGUGGAGAUGGAGGGGGAAAGACUGCGGUGUGGGGCCGAGAGUGAGGACACGCCCUCGGCCUCCUCAAGCGCAGCAGGCAGCGAAGAUCAGGGAGAGACUGGGAGUUCCAAUGAGGAAGACUUAGGGGCGGAGAGCGAGACACCUCCAGACAGCCCAAGCGAGGAUCAAGGCGAUUCCAACAAUAGCUCGGCUGCCGAAGACCAAGCGAGCUCUGCGUGA